UAAUUACUAGUUAUUAAAAAUAAAAUGGCUACCGAAGACGUUUGGGAAGUGGAACAUUUGAGCGAGUUUCUUGAAAGAGAGAGUCCUACAGAGGAGAUUGGUUAUGGAAAGUGUUCUCUUCUCUCAGUCACCUGGUACAUGACUCAAACCUCCCCCCACUCCUCCCUCUGUGGCUCAACUUUAGAAGACGAGACCGAAAUACGUCACUGGAUCAUGUUUUACCUCACGAGGAUCAGGGGAGUGUUGCCGUGGCAGCCGUUGCCGCGGGAACAACUUUUCGGUGCUUUAAAAGAAUUAAACUCACAUCUGUCAAAGAGACUGUACGUUUCUGGAUCUGGCUUCUCAUUAUCGGAUAUUUUAUUAUUUUACGGUCUUCACAAAAUUUUAAUUAAUAUGAGUUAUUCAGAAAAGAUGAGCCUUGUUCACAUUUGCAGGUGGUUUGAUCAGAUCCAACAUUACCCGAAAUUAAAGCCAUUUUCAUGGUUGUGGGUUUCCUGCCCCAAAACAAGUCUGUGAUGAACAAAAUUACUAUCAUUGUUAAUUUAAUUUUAACUAUUAUUAAUCAUCAUUACUGCC